CGAAGCAGGUACCUGACGAAGCAUCUUCCACUCGAGAUUCAAGCCUCACGAACACAGCAGUGCAGGGCAAGCUAGUGUCUUCCUUUCAGCAGCAUACCAAAAAGGCGCUCAAGCAGGCUUUGAGGCAGCAGCAGAAAAGAAGAAAUGGAGUCUCAAUGAUGGUAAACAAGACUGUUCCUCGUGUUGUUUUGACACCAUUAAAGGUGUCUGAUGAGCAGUCGGAUCCGCCUUCAGGAUCCGAAUCUAAAAAUGGUGAAGCAGACAGUUCAGAUAAAGAAAUGAAACAUGGGCAAAAAUCUCCCACUGGAAAACAAACAAAUCAACACUUAAAACGAUUAAAAAAGUCUGGUUUAGGACACUUGAAAUGGACCAAAGCUGAGGACAUUGACAUAGAAACCCCAGGAUCUAUUCUUGUCAACACUAACUUGAGGGCAUUAAUAAAUAAACAUACGUUUGCUUCCUUACCUCAGCAUUUUCAGCAAUAUCUCCUGCUUUUGCUUCCAGAAGUGGAUAGGCAGAUGGGAAGUGAUGGAAUUUUACGCCUCAGUACUUCAGCUCUAAAUAAUGAAUUCUUUGCAUAUGCAGCACAAGGAUGGAAACAGCGACUGGCAGAAGGAGAAUUUACCCCAGAAAUGCAAUUACGAAUACGGCAAGAAAUUGAGAAGGAAAAGAAAACAGAACCUUGGAAAGAAAAAUUCUUUGAGAGAUUUUAUGGAGAAAAGUUGGGCAUGUCAAGAGAGGAGUCUAUGAAGCUUACUUCUGGACCAAACAGUAAUGGAGCUGAAGGUAGUUCUUCACGUGGGACCACUGGUCUUCAGGGUUCUUCUGCACAGACCCCCUUGGAAGAACAACAGCCCAAAAGCAUGCAAAGUUCUGCUUCUUCACAACCUGAUUUCUGUGCUACAGUAUGUCCAAUGGUCGAAGUUCCAGCUAAAGACGUAAUGGCAGAUUUGGAAUCAGAGGAUAUUUUGAUCCCCGAGGAAGCUGUGAUUCAGGAGGAAAUUGCAGAAGAAGUAGAGACUAGUAUCUGUGACUGCCACGAUGAAAAUCACAAGACAAUACAUGAAUUUUCAGAGGAGUGUGAAAGUCCAACCACCUCUCAUGAAGAGCCCCUAAUAGCACCUCCUGAUGGCAACUUAGAAUCCUGUGUUGUGAUGAAUGAUGUUUUAGAAACUUUGCCUCAUAUUGAAGUUAAGAUAGAAGAGAAAUCAGAACCUCUGCAGGAAGAAAUGUCAGUUGUUAUUGAUCAAUUAGAAGUCUGUGAUUCUCUUGUUCCUUCCACUUCAUCUGUGACUCAUGUCAGUGACGCAGAACUUAAGGAACCAGAAAUUGCAAUAGAGACCAAUACUCCAAAAAUAAAAACAGGUUCAUCAUCUUUAGAAGGCCAAUUUCCACAUGAAGGAAUUGCUGUGGAUAUGGAGCUACAGAGUGAUCCCGAUGAACAGCUUUCAGAAAAUGCUUGCAUCUCUGAAACUUCUUUCUCCUCUGAGAGCCCAGAGGGAGCCUGCACCAGCCUGCCAUCCCCAGGAGGAGAAACCCAAUCCACAUCUGAAGAAUCAUGUACUCCAGCCUCCCUUGAAACGACAUUUUGUUCUGAGGUGUCCAGCACUGAAAAUACAGACAAAUAUAAUCAGAGGAAUCCGACUGAUGAAAACCUCCAUACAUCUUUGAUAUCUGAAAUAUCUCCAAUAUCCACUUCACCUGAAAUAUCAGAAGCAUCUCUUAUGUCUAACUUACCAUUGCCAUCUGAAGCAUCGCCAGUAUCCAAUGUAGUUUUAACAUCAGAAGCAUCACCGAUGUCUGAUUUACCUUUGACAUCGGAAACUUCUUCAGUGUCUUCCAUGCUUCUCACGUCUGAGACCACUUUUGUAUCCAGUUUGCCACUUCCUGCAGAAACAUCUCCGAUUUCUAAUUCUUCCAUGAGUGAAAGAAUGGUGCAUCAACAAAGAAAGUCACCUUCAGUAUCUGAAGAAGCACUCUCCCCACACAAAGAUGAACCCUCUGCUCCUGCUAAACCCCUGGGAGAAAACCUCAUCUACCAGCAGAAGCCUCUAUCCAAUACUCCUGAGCCCAUCAAAAUGGGUUCUUCUUCCAUUGCUCCUGAAGCGUUUCCAUCUGAAGAACUUCACAAUAAGACCCUGGGUCAGCAGCCCUGUAAAUCACAUGUUGAAAUUGAGAAGCCCUAUCUUCCUUCAGUCCCAGAACUUUCUUCUACAGAAAUGAUGAAAGUUAAAAAUCUUAGUGUCCUGCAAAGAACAGAAAAGAAAGGGCUAUCCUCCCCGUUAGAAUUACCUGCCUUCUCUGAAGAGACAGAGAGCAAGGGAAAUGAGCCUCCAUCAGCUAAAUUACAGGACAAGCAGUACAUCUCUUCGGUGGAUAAGGCGUCAUUUUCAGAAGGCUCUAGAAGUAAAACACAUAAGCAAGGGAGCACACAGAAUCGAUUGGAGAUCUCGCAUACUUCCAAAUCAUCAGAGCCCUCCAAGUCACCAGAUGGGAUAAGAAAUGAAUGUAGGGAAUCAGAGAUAUCAAAGAGGAAAACUGCAGAACAGCAUAGCUUUGGAAUCUGUAAGGAAAAGAGAGCUAGGAUAGAAGAUGAUCAGUCAACCCGGAACAUAUCAUCCAGCAGCCCACCCGAGAAGGAGCAGCCUCCAAGAGAGGAACCCAGGGUUCCCCCUCUCAAGAUCCAGCUUUCCAAAAUCGGACCACCCUUUAUUAUCAAGAGUCAGCCAGUCUCCAAACCCGAGUCUAGAGCAUCCACUAGCACCUCCGUCAGUGGGGGGAGGAACACCGGAGCCAGRACCCUUGCAGACAUCAAGGCCCGUGCCCAACAAGCUCGGGCCCAACGUGAGGCUGCUGCAGCUGCUGCAGUAGCCGCUGCAGCGAGCAUCGUCUCUGGCGCUAUGGGGAGCCCAGGAGAGGGUGGAAAGGCAAGAACCCUGGCACACAUCAAAGAGCAGACCAAGGCUAAGCUCUUUGCAAAACAUCAAGCCCGAGCCCACCUCUUCCAGACUUCUAAAGAGACCCGGUUGCCUUCGCUCAGCUCCAAGGAAGAGCCUCCAAACUUAGAAGUCUCUUCUACCCCUGAAACAAAAAUGGAAGGUUCCACCGGGGUCAUUAUUGUCAAUCCAAAUUGCAGGUCUCCUAGCAACAAGUCCGCUCACCUCCGGGAGAGCAGCACUGUUUUACAGCAGUCUCUUAACCCCACUCAACUUCCAGAAACUGCCACUGACUUAUCUGUACAUAGUUCUGAUGAAAACAUACCUGUGUCCCAUUUAUCAGAGAAAAUUGUUUCAUCUACCUCUUCUGAAAAUAGCAGUAUGCCCAUGCUUCUCAAUAAAAAUCCUGUCCCUGUGUCUGUCUGCAGCGCUGCUAUGUCGGGAGCAAUUAAGGAACACCCCUUUGUGAGUUCUGUUGACAAAUCCUCUGUGCUGAUGUCCGUCGACAGUGCAGCCACUACCAUUUCUGCUUGUAAUAUAAGCAUGUUAAAAACCAUCCAGGGAACUGACACUCCAUGCAUAGCCAUUAUACCAAAAUGUAUUGAAAGCACUCCUAUUCCGGCCACUACAGAGGGCGCCAGUAUAUCCAGCUCCAUGGACGAUAAGCCACUGCUCAUACCAAGCAGCAGUGCCACUAACUUAAUCUCCAGUCAGUACACCUCUGUGCCAACUCCCUCCAUUGGAAAUAAUUUGCCAAACCAUCUCUCCACUAGCUCUGUCUUGAUUCCCCCCACGGGAAUGAACAGCAGAUUUCCUUCUGAGAAGAUAGCCAUGCCUGGGAGUGAAGAACAGGCCACCGUAUCCAUGGGUACCACUGUGAGAGCAGCCCUCAGCUGCAGUGACUCAGUGGCGGUCRCCGACGCUCUGGUUGCACGUCCGCCUGUCGCAAUGUUUACGGGAAACAUGCUCACURUAAACUCUUACGAUAGUCCUCCGAAGCUAAGUGCUGAAAGCUUGGACAAAAAUUCAGCGCCUCGAAACAGGGCAGACAGUUCUGGGAAACCUCAGCAGCCACCCGGGGGCUUUGCACCAGCAACCAUAAACAGAUCCAUUCCCUGUAAAGUCAUUGUUGACCACAGCACCACGCUGACCUCCAGUUUGUCACUGACUGUUUCCAUUGAGAGUGCAGAAACCAGCUUGGACCUCCAGAGCAGGUCUGUGAGGACAGAGGUAUCCAUCCAGCCCAUGGCAUGUCCUCAGGUCUCUGUAAUUAGCAGGCCUGAGCCAGUGGCAAGUGAAAGUAUAGACCACAGUUCGAGUUUCAUUGCUGCUUCUGCAGCCAAACAAGACUGUAAAACCCUGCAGGCCACCUGUACCAGUCUCCGAGAACUGCCCCUUGUUGUUCCAGACAAAUUAAACGAGGCGGCUGCUCCUAGUCAUAGCUUUGCCGAGCAGACACGGAACCCAACUACUUACAAAAGUGAAGCAGACACAACCUGUAGCAAUCAGUAUAACCCAGGAAACCGGAUCUGCUGGAAUGAGGAUGCCAUGAGGGGCACAGGACAGCCUCUGGUCAGUCACUCUGUUCCAGGUAAACAGAAGGAAUAUGCAGAGCAGAGCUGUCCGAAGGCCAUCAAAACUGAACACGCCAGCUACUCGCACGUGUCAGAGCUGCACCCCAGGAAUCUCAUAGCAAACGUCGCUCUUCCUGUGAAAUCCGAACCUCACGAAGUGGACAAGGGCUUUAGAAUGGACACCGAAGACUUCCCUGGCCCUGGGCUGCCUCCGCCAACGGCAGAGGUAGCCGCCACCAUACCACAAGCACAGAACCUGGAUGCUCCUGCGUCCAGUGCCAGGGAAGAGGCCAUUUCCCUGGUUCCAGACACCCUGAAAAGAGUUCCGAGUGCAGGAAGCUCAAGCUGUCGUCUGUCAUCCGUGGAGGCUAACAACCCACUGGUGACACAGCUACUGCAGGGCAACCUGCCUUUGGAGAAAGUGUUGCCACAGCCCAGACUGGGUGCCAAGCUCGAAAUCAACAGGCUUCCUUUGCCCCUUCAAACUACCUCAGUGGGUAAAACGCCACCAGAGAGGAACAUCGUUGAAAUGCCUUCCAGCUCUCCAAACCCAGAUGGUAAGGGCUACUUGGCAGGGACUCUUGCACCACUACAAAUGAGGAAGCGAGAAAACCAUCCCAAAAAGAGAGUAGCCAGGACUGUAGGGGAACACACUCACGUUAAAUGUGAACCAGGGAAGUUGUUGGUGGAUCCAGAUGUUAAAGGGGUGCCAUGUGUCAUAAAUUCAGGCAUGAGUCAGCUAGGACACAGUCAGCCAUUUAAGCAAGAAUGGCUGAACAAACACUCGAUGCAGAACAGAAUCGUUCACAGCCCCGAGGUCAAACAGCAAAAGCGGCUGCUCCCCGCGUGUAGCUUCCAGCAGAACCUAUUUCAUGUUGACAAAAAUGGCGGUUUCCACCCUGAUGCUGGUACCUCACACAGACAGCAGUUUUACCAAAUGCCCAUGGCUGCCAGGGGCCCCAUUCCCACUGCAGCUCUCUUACAGGCCUCUUCCAAGCCCGCCGUGGGCUGUAAUGCAUUUGCCUUCAAUAGGCAUCUGGAACAAAAGGGAUUGGGAGAGGUUAGUCUUCCUUCAGCACCCCACCAGCUAAGGCUAGCCAACAUGUUGUCCCCCAAUAUGCCCAUAAAGGAAGGUGAUGACGUGGGAGGGGCUGCGCACACCAUGCCAAACAAAGCACUAGUGCAUCCUCCACUGCCCCCACCUCCUCCACCCCCGCCCCCUCCGCCCUUGGCCUUGCCCCCACCUCCCCCACCACCACCUCCACUACCUCCACCUCUUCCUAAUGCAGAAGUCCCGUCUGAUCAAAAGCAACCGCCAGUUACCAUGGAAACCACUAAGAGACUUAGUUGGCCACAGUCCACGGGCAUAUGUAGCAAUAUAAAAUCGGAACCUCUUUCUUUUGAGGAAGGUUUAAGCAGCAGCUGUGAACUGGGCAUGAAACAAGUUUCCUAUGACCAGAAUGAAAUGAAAGAACAGUUAAAAGCAUUUGCGCUAAAAAAUGCAGAUUUCUCUUCCUAUUUGCUUUCUGAGCCACAGAAGCCUUUUCCCCAAUUAGCUGCUCAGAAAAUGCAGGUGCAGCAACAACAGCAGCUCUGUGGAAAUUAUCCAACAAUACACUUUGGUAGCACGAGCUUCAAAAGGGCAGCGUCUGCAAUUGAAAAGUCCAUUGGGAUUUUGGGAAGUGGCUCUAGUCCUGCCACGGGCCUGCCUGGUCAGAACGCUCAGAUGCCUGUUCAGAACUUUGCCGACAGCAGCAACGCGGACGAAUUGGAACUGAAAUGCUCUUGCCGGCUGAAAGCCAUGAUUGUGUGCAAAGGCUGUGGGGCCUUCUGCCAUGAUGACUGCAUAGGUCCUUCAAAACUCUGUGUAGCUUGCUUGGUUGUACGAUAAGAGCUGAGUGAACGAUGCAGUAUCCCUUUUUGACAUGGAAAAGCCAAACAGCAACUGCAAAUUGAAUAACGUAGUGACUGACUUACAUGCUAAUUUAUUUUACUUUGUAACAGAUAAUCUUUUUUUCAUAGGAUUAUUAUUUUCUUGCAUUUUUUUAUAAUGAGGAGGAUGCAAACCAACUGACUGGCUCAACAGCAUGUUGAGCAUAUUUAAUUGCCAUUCCCAGCUUCAAAAGUUUCUCUCUGUGCAUAUACAGGUUACUGCCCCAUUCCUCCUUCACCCCCUUUGAGCCCAGGUACAGAUAGGAAAAGGACAGUUUUUAUUGUUUCGUCACCAGAAAUGCAGAUGUAGAAAAAGGAAUGGUAAAAAUUAAGGUGGACAUGUAUUUUUCUGUCAAUUAGCUAUUACAGCAGGUAUUUCUGUACUUGCCGUUACCAGUCAUUUUUGGAAUGGGGAAUCUGAUUUAAAUGUGUGAUUCCUUGUAUUUAUUCAUAUCACGAAAGAUACAUUAAAGAAGGCAUGCCAUUAAUGAAAUUCACUGUCUCUGUUCUCUUUUCUCCCUUCUUACUCUCUCUCAGAGACAAUGGCAGAAAAUAAGUAUCUGCCGUGAAUUGUACACAGAUUUUAGUGAAAUGUGUCCUGUGUCUGAAAUAGCAGCGUGGGCCUCAUACCCAGUAAACUGGAUCUAGCCCCUGGACACCUGAUAAUAUAAGAUCGGUUGGCCAACAUAGAGUCACAGGCCCAGAAAAGUUUGGAGCUUCAUGUAUGACUUUUAAAACCAAGUAUGAAAAAAAAAAUCAUAAAAUUAAAAGCAAAUAAAAUACUGUAUGUGCAUGUAUAAGUGGUUUGACUAUAUACAUAUUAAUAAUAACUUUCACUCUAAUUAAAUGAGUAGAUAUUAAAAUUUGAGGGAAAAUAAUCGUAGCCCUUAUUAAUGACACAAUGUAUUCUGGUCUCUACCUCAGUGGAAGUUGGCCACCUCUUUUUACAAGUGUCAUUGAUGUUCAAAGGGACUUCAGAAGGUUCAAGUGUGACAUUUUUCUGAACCAUUUUAUUUUCUCAUGAUUCAGUCUAAUUGUAUUUGACUCUGAAAUAACCCUUAUUUUUUUUUAAUACAUUUUUAGGUAUUUUAUGUUUUGAUUCGCCCCCCUCCCCAUAUCUGGGACCAUAAACUGCUUUCAAAAAAGGGAUACUGCAUCUUAUAAUUAUCUUCAGUGUUUAUCCAGUUAAGUCUGAGUGUCAAAUACUUGAGCUACAUUCCGUAGACGCUGGUCGCCAUCCUGCUGGAGAACAGCUGUAGUUCAGGAGGCUCUGUUCCCAAAAGCAAGUUCAAAAGCACAUGCACAUGUGGGAAGAUGAAAGCAAGCAAAAGCCACGCCCAUUUAACUUCAGAUUCCAGAGCACAAAAUGUGGAACACCAUUAAUCCAUUGAUUGAUUGUGGCUGUAGAGUUUUUUUUAAAAAAAAAAAAAAAAACGGGGAAAAUCAUCUUUAUCCAGGGUAAGAAUGACAGAUGUUUUCACAUGGGAUCACUCUAAUCAAUGUAAACCUUUUUGACAUUCCCUGAGAACAUGUCUUAUAAGUUAACCGGAAUGUACAGAAGUUACAUUCCUGAAGCAAAAUAUACCUGUAAUUAUUUUAUGAGCAACUAUGAUAUUUUUCCCUCCAUAUUUAUUGUGAUGUUGCCAAAUUUCUUUUAGGUAAUAGGAGACAUCAUGUUUAUUAAAAAAUUCCUGAUAGUGAAAGAUACUUAAGAACAGCAAAAGAAGUCCUGCCCUGUGGCCACGAUUAGGUGCUUCAGUACGAUUAGGUGCUUCAGUACGGUCACUUCUAUCAUUCAUAUUAAAAUUGACAAAAUGAAUGAGAAAGUUAGCAAUGCACUUAACCAGCCCUUCCCAAGGAAUGCAGCAUAAGUGCCAGUAGACCUGUAGUUCACUUCACUCCAGGUUACAUUUGGAUGGUGUCCUUUUGGAUGAUGUCUUUAUGGUCUGCUUGGCUCUGAUUUCGUCUUAAUUUCCAAGAUCAUGUUCUUAGCCUCACGGUGGGGCACUCAUAAUAUAGACACUUGUAUGCCAACUUCUUCCAAAUUCAGUCGCUGCUAUACCAGUGUCAGAUACUGUCUACACCAGCAAAUUGAAAACUACCGCAUCAGUAACUGACACACAUUGAAAGAAACUCCAGUCUACAAAACCUUUGCACUCUAUGUGAGGUACAGUUGAGGCCGAUGUGAUACUGGGCUCAUUGUCAGUUCCAUCAGUGUUGAAGACUGCCUGCAAGUUGCUUACUGGGAAUAAAGAAAAGUGUCCUUCUGUAUGUUUGGAGUUUUCACAUCAUACGUUUGGAGAAUCACUUGUUGAUAGUGCAUGAUUUCUCUCACCCAGGUCCAAAGAGCAUAACUUUUUGUGCCCUUACUCUCUUUUUUGACCCAAUCCAAAUUCCUACUUUUCGAAUAUGGUUUAUAUCACUGAGAAAAUGAAAACCUUUGGGCUAAAAAAAAAAAAAAAAGAAAUUGAGAAGUAAAAUGUGGGUCAGGUGUUUCAUAGGUGUCCAUUUAAUAUAUAUGUACAAAAGCCAGUAUAUUUGAAUUAGGUGAGUAGGUUCUUAGUUUCUUGAUUUCUACAUGUGUCUGCCUAUGUGCAAAUAGAAUAUGUUAUUUACUACAUGGUUAUUGUGGUAUAAUGUGCAAAUUUCAGUGUGUGCAUUAUCCUGAUUAUUGAACACUAGUAGAUCUCUAUCAGGAAUAAACUUGCACCUGAAACAUUUUUUUUUUAAUCACAAAGGAUGUAUUUCCCUAAGUAGCACUUUUGGAGCAGGGGAAGGACGAAAACUGCUAUUCCCUCAUCCCCCUCCUAUAUGAUAUGCAUAUGCCUGAGUUAUAUAAAGACAUUUAGGUCGUUAAUGGGCAUGUUAAUAAGAGCGUUCUGAUGCAAAUUCAUUUUCAAAAUGAUAAUAUUUUUUUCCUUCCCCAAAGUGAAAAAUGGCAGAAAUCUUGGUGAACUGAGCACCAUAGUUAUAUAUAAUAUUUCCCUGCUAAGGUCUAGUUUGAAGAAAAAAAAAAAACUUGAAAAACAAACCUGUGAGGUUGAGCCUGGGUUGCUAUAAAGACUGUGGUGGUGUGUGCUUCUGGGAUGAGCUGUAGAAGGCGUAGUUGACUUCCGGACCUUGGAUAUUCUUACUCAGUUCAAUAUAAACAGAAAAACAAGCCGGUGUCCGUGGUGCUUUAUAGUGCAGUCAAGAGUAAAAAUACAUGUUGUUGCAGCCCCAUUCCUUCACAAACACUCGCACAAUUUCAAAAGAGGAAGUUGCUGUGGCCUCUGGUUUCCCAGCUUCUCCGUGGUAUGAAGUCCCAGGUUUUAGAAGCUGAAGCCAAUCUUAGGGGGUGCAUCGUCUCUGUGGUGUGGAGGCCCAGCACUGCAUAGCUGCCUGGGGGAAUGACCCCCGCCGAACACGCAGAGCUCAGACUCACUGUCCAUCUGUGUUCCCAGAGAACAAUGUGAAGAGUCCUAGAACAGGAACUCAUCAGACUGUCAGGGGCCUAUGUAGCCAAAACGUCACUGAAUAGAAAACUUCUGUUGUCUUCAGUCCUCAUGCUUUGUCACUGUAAAGCGAACAAAAAGCAUUUUUACUAUAAUUUAAAGGAGCUGCUUUUUUAUAGCACAUACURUUUCGCUUUGUACUAUAUUUGAUAGUUGCAGAAUAAUUUAGACUGUAGAAAAACUCUGUUGUAUUUGUACUGUUCAUGAAUGUUCCAAGGAAAGUGCUUUACUUGGUUGCCAUAAUUUUCUUGUACUGCUGUAUUUUCCCCACUGCUUCAUGAAAACCUAAUCUAAUUCCUAUUUUCAGUACAUUUUUUUUUUAAUGUGUGUUUGUGUGAAUUUUUUUUUUUUUUUUUUUUGGUCAGUAUUCUGAAUGUUUACAUCUGUUUGACAUUAGCCAUUUAAUGCCUUUUUUGAAAGGCGGAAUUACUCCUACAGUGUAACAGCAAAAUGUGAAAUCAACCCAAACAUAACAUGCAUGACAAACAGAAUUGGGGGCGAAGGCCCUGAACGUACAUAGACAUUUUAUAUCAGCAUACAGAAAAGUAAAAACCCUCCUUCAGUCCUCUACCAAAGAAUAUAUUAUGCCCACAGGAAAAACUCAGAAAGGUGUGUAAAAUCCUCAGAAGGGGGAGCAGUUGAUUCAGUAAGAUUGCUACAAUUUAAAACUGUUAUGCUUGCUUUGAUACCUGACUAAAUGUGACUGAGUGCAACAAGCAUUUAAAAAAAUUUUUAGACAGUGUUUUGUUUAGAAUUCAGGGAUCAUGCAUUCUUUAAUGGUGCUGUUUGUUUUUUUAUUUCUUCUUUUCUACAAAGAAAAAAAGUGUUGCCUACAAAAGUGACUGCUCACGAUACCAUAAGUUAAAUGAAAGGAAAUGUUUGUCUCUUCAUGUUUCUCUGUUUUUUCCCUUUCUCGGAGUAAAAAUUUGGGUUUCAAUAUUAAAAUAUUCUGGAGAAAAUAAAGAAAUUAAACAUGAAA